AUGGCCGGCGACGACACGUACCACCCCAAGGAUGCCAUCAAGUCCGGCAUCACGGCUGCCACUGCCCUAGGCGGUACUGGUUUCUUCCUGGCCGCUGUCACCAACGCCCUCCAGAAGCAGAAUGUCGGCGCCAUGUCUGUCUUCACACGUAGCGGAGGCAUCAUCGCCGUCAUGACAAUUGGUGGAGGCGCAUACGGCUUCACCCAGUCCGCAAUGGCCAAUCUGAGAGAAAAGGAUGAUGCGUGGAACACCGCGACUGCCGGCUUCGUCGCAGGUUCUAUCUUGGGAAUGACAACCAAGAAGAUGCCCGUCGUGCUCGGCCUCGGCGCUGGCUUCGCCGCGUGGCAGGGUAUCUUUACCGUCACCGGCAGCCGCUUGAGGGGAUGGACCGACAGAUUAGACGAGGAUGAGUUCGAGACCAAGAUCGCCCAGCGCGCGGCCAAGAGACGUCCGAUUGAGGAGACGAUUGCAGAGAUUGGCGAGGGCCGAGGCAUCCGGCCACCCGGCUACGAGGAGCGGAGACGUGAGAGACUUAAGGAGAAGUACGGAGUCGAGAUCAACCCCGUCAGGGCAACUGUCGAAUAA